AUAAAAAAUGAGAUUUUCUCAUGCGUAUUGUUUUGCCGGCUGGCCGUGUGUAUUGUGAGGGCGACACCUGUUCUCCAUGUCAAUUGUUUGGCGGCUCCAGUGGAUUUCCCGGAUUUUGCUCAGAUACAUGGAAAACACCCGUGCCAGCGAGUGCUUAUUGCAGAGUGUUGGUGGAGAGUACAAGGAUGUGAAGAUCUCUGAGGGAAUAUCAUACAUCGGCCGCUCACCAGAGACGCAAAUACAGGAUGUAUUCUGCUCCAGAAAGCAAGUCAUGCUGAAGGCGGAUUUUUCUCAGAGAGUGAUUGAGAUUGUGCCUCAGGGCAUGAACAACAGCGGACUCAAUGGCCAGGAAUUGGAGAAAAAGAAGACUUACCAAGGUCGCCAUGGAGAUGUUCUUGAGGUCGUGUCUGGAAAGUAUUUCUACAAAAUCCUCUUUACACUGGAUUCGGGAGAGACAUCCGAGGUGUCAGGGAAGAGAAAAUUAGACAAGAAAGCCGAAAAUGAGACUGGGAGUUCAAAAACCCCCGCUAAAGUGGCGAAAAUUGAGGUGAAAAGCGAGUCCAUUGAAGCAUUGGAUGGCAACAAGUUGUUCGUCUGGACAUCAUCCGGGAUAGUGUCCAGCGCUAAGAUUGCGUCCUAUGACAUCGACGGGACCAUUAUCAAGACCAAGUCGGGGAAUGUCUUCCCCAAGAACAUCGAUGACUGGCAGCUGGCGUUCGCUGAGGUGCCGGGAAAACUGAAGAAGUUUCACACGGAAGGCUUCAAGAUUGUCUUCUUCACGAAUCAAGCCGCAAUCUCGAAGAAGAAACUCCGAAUUGAGGACUUCACGGGCAAGGUGAAGCGUAUUGUGGCGAAGAUUAAUGUGCCGGUUCAAGUGUUCAUCGCCACUGGCUCGGGCAUUUACAGGAAGCCCAUGAUCGGCAUGUGGCGCACGCUGGAGGAGAAGUUCAAUGACGGCAUCCGGAUCGACAUGCAGGAGAGCUUCUUCGUGGGCGACGCCGCGGGCAGACCUGCAGCAGCAGGUCGGAAGAAGGAUCACUCGUGCAGCGAUCGUCUCAUGGCCGUGAAUCUGAGCCUGACUUUCUCAACGCCCGAAGAGCACUUUCUUGGAUCGAAAGCCGUCUCGUGGACUCGCCCGGAAUUCGAUCCCAAGGUCAGCACUGCCAAGAACCUCCUCGAACCGUCGGACGCUAAAUUGCAGCGUGAUGAGCAGGAAAUCAUCGUGAUGUGCGGCAGUCCGGGCUCUGGAAAGUCCUCCUUUGUCAAAAGCAACUUCAAAGGCACCAAAUACGAGAUUGUGAGUCGCGACAAGCUGGGAACGUGGCAAAAAUGCGUCUCCGCGGCUCAAGGCGUCCUGCAGAGAGGCAAAUCCGUGGUUGUGGACAACACAAAUCCCGACAUUGAGAGCCGCAAGCGAUACUCAGAGUUGGCCAAGCAGUGCAAAUGUCGCUGUCGAUGCUUCCUGAUGAACACAUCUGCGGCCCAGGCAAGACACAAUAUCGUCUUUCGCGAGCUUACUGAUCCAGCGCACGUGAAAGUCAACGAUAUGGUGCUGAAUUCAUACAAAUCCAAAUUCAGAGAGCCGCAGACUUCGGAGGGAUUCGAUGAGAUUGUGAAGGUGAACGUUGUGCAGAGAUUCGACAAGAAGGAACAUGAGGAGCUCUACAGGAUGUUCCUGCUGGAUAAAUAAAUGACGAGCUCGGUUUCUCCGUUCUUUGAGGUGCUCUGCAAUAUUCUCGAGCUCGUCGUGAGAUAAAAGAAGGAAACCGUUCACAGAGCAAAAGCGGCACAUUACCAUUACCAUAUGAUUACAUAAAUGCUGGAGAAAGAGAUGCAGAUUGUAAUCUGAUACGAUUGUGAAUAGGCAAUAAUUCAAUUUAUAACUAUAAAGGUAUUUUGUUGUUAAAUAAACUACUGUUUCACGACUUUGAAUUGCUAAUGUUCGCAAGAUGUUUCAAUGAAAUCCAUUUCCUCGUGCAAUUGC